CAUUCUACUGUUUCUUCUUCACAAUCAAUGCGUUGUCGGAGCUCCGUGCCUCCCACCUCUCCCUCCUCCACCAACCGGUGGGUUCCGAUUCUGCUGCGACUCACGAGUCUCUGAUUCCCCUAGGGUUUCUCCGAUCCUUCCAAUCAGAUUUGGUGUUGAGAACCAGAUUGUGGAGAUAUGGCGGCGAAUGAGAGGAAAACAAUUGAUUUAGAGCAAGGAUGGGAGUUCAUGCAAAAGGGUAUACUGAAGCUCAAGAAUAUCCUUGAAGGGCUUCCUGAGCCUCAGUUUAGCUCGGAAGACCACAUUAUGCUCUACACUACUAUUUACAAUAUGUGUACUCAAAAGCCUCCGUAUGAUUACUCCCAGCAACUGUAUGACAAGUAUAGAGAAUCUUUUGAAGAGUAUAUCAUGUCACCGGUAUUGCCAUCAUUAAGAGAGAAACAUGACGAGUUUAUGUUGAGAGAGCUUGUCAAAAGGUGGGCGAAUCAUAAGGUUAUGGUCAGAUGGCUUUCUCGUUUCUUCUAUUAUCUAGAUCGCUACUUCAUUGCAAGGAGAUCCCUGCCACCCCUUAAUGAAGUUGGCCUGACCUGCUUCCGUGAACUGGUAUAUCAAGAGUUAAAGGUGAAAGUGAGGGAUGCCGUGAUCUCAUUGAUUGACCAAGAACGUGAAGGAGAGCAAAUUGAUCGAGCUUUAUUGAAGAAUAUAUUGGAUAUAUUCGUGGAGAUUGGCAUGGGACAAAUGGGUUAUUACGAAAAUGAUUUUGAAGCAGCUAUGUUGAAAGAUAGUGCUGCUUAUUAUUCCCGUAAAGCUUCAAGUUGGAUUAUAGAGGACUCUUGUCCUGAUUAUAUGUUGAAGGCUGAGGAGUGCCUAAAACGAGAGAAAGAUAGGGUUGCUCAUUACUUGCAUUCUAGCAGUGAGCCGAAGCUACUAGAGAAUGUUCAACAUGAGUUAUUGUCUGUAUAUGCAAGCCAACUACUUGAAAAGGAGCACUCAGGAUGUCAUGCAUUACUAAGAGAUGAUAAGGUUGAAGAUUUGUCGAGGAUGUUCAGGCUUUUCUCAAAAAUACCAAAAGGCUUGGAUCCUGUUGCUAACAUAUUUAAGCAGCAUGUUACUGCCGAGGGAACUGCCUUGGUGAAACAAGCAGAAGAUGCAGCUAGCAGCAAGAAGGGCGAGAAGAAGGAUGUAGUUGGCUUGCAGGAACAGGUUUUCGUGAGGAAAGUGAUUGAGCUACAUGAUAAGUAUGUGGCAUAUGUGAAUGACUGUUUCCAGAACCAUACUCUUUUCCAUAAGGCACUUAAGGAGGCUUUUGAGGUCUUUUGCAACAAGGGUGUUGGUGGAAGCUCAAGUGCAGAGCUAUUGGCUACUUUUUGUGAUAAUAUACUUAAGAAAGGAGGUAGUGAAAAAUUGAGCGAUGAAGCCAUUGAAGAAACGCUUGAGAAGGUAGUAAAGCUGCUCGCGUAUAUCAGUGACAAGGAUCUUUUUGCUGAGUUCUAUAGGAAGAAGCUUGCUAGACGACUUCUCUUUGAUAAGAGUGCCAAUGAUGACCAUGAGAGAAGUAUCCUCACGAAAUUAAAGCAGCAAUGCGGCGGUCAAUUCACAUCGAAGAUGGAAGGGAUGGUUACGGAUUUGACGUUAGCAAAGGAGAACCAAACUAGUUUUGAAGAGUAUCUCACUAAUAAUCUAAAUGCAAAUCCCGGCAUCGACUUGACAGUCACGGUUCUGACUACCGGUUUUUGGCCUAGUUAUAAGUCCUUUGAUUUGAACCUUCCAGCAGAAAUGGUAAAAUGUGUUGAAGUUUUUAGGGAAUUCUACCAGACCAAAACAAAGCAUCGAAAGCUAACAUGGAUUUAUUCGUUAGGGACUUGUAACAUUAUUGGUAAAUUUGAGCCAAAAAUCAUGGAGUUGAUAGUGACUACAUACCAGGCCUCAGCUCUGUUGUUAUUCAACUCUUCUGAUAGACUGAGUUACUCAGAGAUAAUGGCCCAGUUGAAUUUGACUGAUGAUGAUGUUGUGAGGCUUCUCCAUUCCUUAUCAUGUGCUAAGUACAAGAUCCUUAACAAAGAACCAAACACAAAAAGCGUUGCUCCUACUGAUCACUUUGAGUUCAACUCCAAGUUCACCGACAAAAUGCGGAGGAUCAAGAUUCCUCUGCCUCCUGUGGAUGAGAAGAAGAAAGUGAUAGAAGAUGUUGAUAAGGAUCGGAGAUACGCAAUUGAUGCCUCGAUUGUUCGUAUCAUGAAGAGUCGAAAAGUUUUGGGUCAUCAGCAGUUGGUCAUGGAGUGUGUUGAGCAGUUGGGUCGCAUGUUUAAGCCUGAUUUCAAGGCAAUCAAGAAAAGGAUUGAGGACUUGAUCACUCGAGACUAUUUGGAGAGAGACAAAGACAACGCCAAUUUGUUCAAGUAUCUGGCAUGACAUAUUCUGGACGAAUUUCCGGAUCAAGUGACUGCUGCUGCUGCAAUCACCGGAACAAGUUCGAGAUCCCUUUGGUGCUGGCACCGAGAACAAUGUAAAUGCAUCUCUCAUCAAUGGGAAAGAAGGCAGGACCUCAGAAUGCUUGUACAUUUUGUCUACACGACCAAGCGUGAACAAGUAGAGUUUUGUGUCUUCGCCUUGUUGGUAAGGUAAUCACUCGAUUGGGUAAGUUGCACCAACUGGACUAUCUUAGCAUCUUUGGUUUUUAAUGCAAGCUCUUUUUAAUGCUUGUUCAAA